AUGGCAGCAAAGUUAUUACAUUCUUUGACAGAUGAAAAUCCUGAUCUGCAGAAGCAAAUAGGCUGUAUGACCGGCAUUUUUCAGUUGUUCGAUCGACAACAUAUUCUAACCAGCGGCAAUAGGCGCUUGGUUGGCCAUACUCCCAAAAGGCUUCCCCCUGCAGGAAAUUCCCACUUCCAUAGCUUGGACAGAGAUUCUAACAAGACGUACAUAAGAUCGGCAUCAACGGAGAAAUAUUCAACUCCACUUAAGCACACCCAAGAAAGACAAAGAAUCUCGACCGAAUCAUCUCGAGCCUCCUUCUCUUCUUCAUCCCGCUCGUCUUCCUUCUCCUCCCUCGACUGCAAUCGAGCCCCUCAGCUCGAUUCUGCUCCCUAUGACCGAAUCAUAUUCCCCGAAACCCCGUCGCGAGACCCGGCCAUGAGCUUGCAGAACUCUUCCCCUCAGUCCACUCGACAAAGCCUCGACAUUCGUGAUUUAGUGAAAGACUCCAUGUACCGUGAAAUUCAUGCUCUAUCACUUAAACCCAAAGCCUCAGACGAGGAAGUCACCAUCAUGAGGCGAAAGGACUCCCCAAGACCUCAGCCUAGAACAAGUUCCGACCUAAAAGAAUCACUCAAAGCACUCGCUAAGCUUCAAGAAUCUCCUUGGUACCAAAACGAGGCCCCCCGAGAGCUUUUAAGGUCUGCAUCUUACCAUGCAAAAGAAGGUACAACAUCCUUUUCGAUCUGCCGUGACGCCCCUCGCUUCUCUUACGACGGGAGAGAAGUGAACCGGGCCCCUCUCGAUUUUUCCAAAUCGGGCCUGAAGCUUCGGGAUGCACCCAGGCUGUCGUUGGACAGCAGGGAGAGUUCGCGCGAUUCGAAAUCGAGCGUUUUCUUGAGAUCCAUGCAGAAGGAUAUAAGUAGUUCUGUUGAGAUUAUUCCGCAACAAGUGGCGACGGGAAAUCAAUCGCGGCCCCCGAGUGUGGUAGCAAAGCUGAUGGGUCUCGAGGCGCUGCCCGAUUCAGUCAAGUCUAGUAACGACUCGAAUUCUGUUGUGGGCCAAAGUUUUUCGGACGAUGAUUUUUUUGAUAUUCCGUGGUUAUCUGCGAAAAAGGGUCAAAAGUCUAUUCAAACUUCGUGUUCCUUGAGGAAGAAGGAACCUGGGGGGUCCCCACGGUGGAUGAGUCCGGAACCUUCUAUGAAGCCCAGCUCACGAUUCCCCAUCGAGCCGGCUCCUUGGAAGCAAAUUGACGGUGCUAAGAGUUCUCAGAAGCCAGCUUCCCGGGGGGCCGUAAGAGCUCCACCGAAGGCCUCUACUGCAUUUCCUUCUGUCUACAGUGAGAUAGAGAAGAGACUUCAGCAUCUCGAAUUUACACAAUCCGGGAAAGACCUUAGAGCACUUAAACAGAUACUCGAGGCCAUGCAAUCCAAGGGAUUCUUGGAAAACGAGAAGGAAGCCGAGGGCCCGAAUGAGCAGAAACAUUCGAGUUCGACUCAGGAGGUGAGAUCGGUCAGCAACAAGCAAAAGCAAUGGGCCGGCUCUCCAAGGAAACAUUACGAGUCCCCGAUUGUGAUCAUGAAACCGGCCAAGUUAGUCGAGAAAUCUGGUUUACCGUCAUCUUCUGUUAUUCCACUCAACAGCUUACCCAGUCUAACGAAACCUACAACAAGUCAACAGGCCAGUACUGAGUCUGUUGAUAACAACACAAAGGGUUUAAGCAGCGGAAGAAAAUCCGGUCAACUAGCCAAUGCUGUGAAUUCUGUCAAUAUGAGAAAUGAGAGGACUUUGAAAAACACACAGUCAUCAUCGAGAGUAUCAUCACAGUUGGGCCGAGAUGGAAAUGUGGGCUCAGGUAAGAGUACGGGAACAGGAACGGGAUCUAUCAGCCCCAGAAUGCAACUGAAGAAAAUCGAGAUGGAAAAAAGAUCCCGGCCACCCACUUCUCCAGAUUCCGGCAAAUCGAAACGUCAGCCGAACAAGCAACAAGGCGAGUCUAAUUCUCCUGGCGGGACACGAAGGCUGAAACUCACCGGCGUACAGCUGCUAAGUGUUGACCAGCCGCGCGAGGCCAAUGAUGAUUCUAGUGGACACUUUGAAAACGAGAACUUAAUUCAGUCACAUGAAAAUAUUACGCAAAGCUCAAGAAAUGCUCUGGUGGGUGGUGGUUUUGAAAGAUCCUCUGCGGCGAGCAGUUGCGAGAGUCUAUCAGCAAAUGCUUCUAAAUUCGUGUUAUCUGAACUGGUAGAAAAGAAAUCUACGAAUGAAGCAGAGUCGAGAGAUUGUGGGUUUGUUCCGCCCGAGUAUUCAAGUCCCGUCUCUGUUCUUGAUAAGGUAGUCUGCAAAGAUGAUUCUCCUUCUCCCGUGAGUUAUGUUGGGAAGACCCUUAAAGUGGAUGAUGCACCCACCGAAAAAAACUGUGACCCGAGCGUAGGCCAAGAAAACCCUGCCGACGGGCCCCACCAGACACAAGCCCAAAUCAACCGCAAGAAGCUCCAAAACAUCGAGACCCUUGUCCAGAAGCUGAGGAGGCUCAACUCGACCCACGACGAGGCCCGCACGGACUACAUUGCCUCCCUCUGCGAACAAACCACAAACCCCGACCACCGGUACAUAUCCGAGAUCCUGCUAGCCUCGGGCCUUCUCCUCCGUGAACUCGGGUCGAGCCUCGUGAAUUUCCAAUUCCACCCCUCAGGCCACCCGAUCAACCCCGAGCUGUUCCUCGUGCUGGAACAGACAAAGACGAGUGCUUUAUCAGACGGACGGCCCCAAAGGAAGCUCAUUUUCGAUGCUGUCAACGAGAUACUCGCGCGGAAGCUGGCUGGCCCGGGUUCCAGACCAUGGGCCUGUUGGGCCGGGAAUACAGGCCUCACAGCACAGAGGCUUCUGGGUGACCUGUGCUCUGAGAUGGAUCAGCUUCGGGCGAGAAAUGGGAAAUGUGGGCUUGGGGAGGAGGAUGAGAAAGAAGGGUGGAAGGAGCUCCUGCAUGAGGACGUGAUGAACGAGUCGGGAGGCUGGAGGGAUUGUGAGAGGGAUGUGUCGGGAGCUGUUCUUGAUAUCGAGCGCUCGAUAUUUAAGGACUUGGUGAAUGAGGUCGUGAUUGGCGAGUCGAUUGGGCUGAGGGCCAAACCGGGAAGGCGUAGGCUGUUUGUGAAGUAG